AAAUGCAAAAAUUCAACGCCGGCGUUCUGUUGAUGACCCUAAUGGUCGCCAUCAGCAUGCUCCUGUUAUUAACGAGCCAAUCAGUGAGAGCCGAUUUGCCAGUCCAUUGCUUGUAUAAUUCCACAGCUCCUGGAGUUUGGGAAUUUGAAUUGACUGAUCAAAACAUGAGUGGAGAUGAUGUUGCUGCCAAGUGCGAUAUUCGUGCUCCAAUUCAAGCAACCCGUACAAUGAAAGUCUAUUUGCAAAUGCCAGAUAUUGCCAUUGAUGAGAAGGGAAAUACUGGAUUCUUUACUUUGGUUUAUGAUCAAGGCUUUGAAGUUGUUGUUGGUGGAAAUAAGUAUUGGGCCUUUUUUAAUUAUACAACUGCUGGAAAGGACUCUCAAGGAAAUGACAUUAUCAUUUCAAACUGUGAUCGUACUUUCACUGGUUGGUAUCAUGAAGCUAAGGUCAAGGCCAAGUCUUGGGGAUGUUACAGAGCCAGAAGACUCUCAUUGCUCCAAGGAUCUACUGCUACUCCAAAUAAGUUUACUCAUACUGUUGCUCCUAGACCAAACUAUAAGGGAAUGGUUUUCAAGAAUGACAUGUCUUUGAUUAAUGAUUUGAAUGCUUUGCAUGCUAAGGGAGAAAUCUCAUGGAAGGCCAAGCCAAUGCAAGAAUGGGAAAAUCAACCACUUGAAACUGUUGUUCCAAAAUUCGGUCAAAGAAGUGAAUCUUUCAGAUUGAAGCAACGUAGAGAACAUACCAAGUUUAUGAGAGCUAAAUUCGGUGAACAAGCCAACAAGAAGGUCUUGCUCGAAUUGAGAAGUGAAGAUUUCAGCAAGGCUGCUGGUAACUUGACUUUCCAUCAUUUGAGAGAUAUUGCUGCUAAGGGUUUCGUUUCCAUUCCAAAAGCUUUUGACUGGAGAAAUGUCAAUGGUCAAGACUUUGUUUCACCAAUUAGAUCCCAAGGUCAAUGCGGAUCUUGCUACAGUUUUUCAACAACUGCCAUGAUGGAAGCCAGAAAGAGAGUUUUCACUCAAAACAAGGAACAACCAGUUUACAGUCCAGAAAAUAUCAUUUCAUGCUCUUUCUACUCUCAAGGAUGUGAUGGUGGUUUUGCCUAUCUCAUUUCCAAAUGGGGUGAAGACUUUGGAAUUAUCGCUGAGCAAUGUGAUCCAUACACUGGAACUCCACACAAGUGCAAUCUCAAUCAAGCUUGUUCAACCAGACAAUACUGGACCAAUUAUAGAUAUACUGGUGGUUAUUAUGGUGCUGUCACUGUUGAAAAUAUGCAAUUGGAUGUCUUAAAGUAUGGUCCACUUUCUGUCUCUAUGGAAGUUUACAAUGAUCUCUUCAAUUAUCACAGUGGUAUUUAUAGACAUGUUUCAUCAUCAAAGCUUACUUCUCCAGUUCCAAAUCCAUUCGAACUCACUAACCAUGUUGUUUUGAUUGUUGGUUGGGGUGAAAAUGAAAAGGGCGAAAAAUAUUGGAUUGUCAAGAACAGUUGGGGAACAUCAUUUGGAAUGGAUGGUUAUUUCUUGAUUGCUAGAGGUGUUGAUGAAUGUGCUAUUGAAUCUGAAAAUGCUUCUGCUAUUCCAACUCAACCAUAAAUUGAUCAUUUGGAAUAAACAAUUUAAAUUUUUGAAU